CUGGGGGCUGAGUGGGGAUGUGGGAGGGGGCUAGGGGAUGGAAAUGGGGCACACUGAGUGUUGAACGGGGCUGGGAGGCAGCGGGAGGGCUGGGAUCUCUGUAGUGCUGGGGGAGCACAGCUCCCACCCACCGCUGCUUUUCCCUUCCAGCCCCACGAACUGACCCCACAUAACGGCCCCAGAUGGCUCCAGUGAAGAUCAGCCACAUCGUUUCCUUCUCCUCCCAGGACCCCCGGUACCCCGUGGAGAACCUUCUGUGCCCCGAUGGCCGCCGGCCCUGGCUCAGUUGCCCCCAGGAGCGCAGCCGGCAGCUGAGGGUGGAGCUGCAGCUAGAGAGAGCUGUCCCCAUCGGCUACAUCGACGUCGGGAACUGGGGCUGCGCCUUCCUGCAGAUCGAGGUGGGUCGCUCUUCGUGGCCUCUUGACCGCCCCUACCUCACCCUGGUGCCCAGCGUCACGCUGAUGACACCGGCCGACUCCAAGCUGGACGUCAACCGCUGCAGCGUCCGCAUGUUUAAAGAAGCAGAUUUCCUGGUGCUGGCAGCGGGACAGAAGUGGGAUCGCCUGCGGCUCACCUGCAGCCAACCCUUCCGUCACCGCGGGCAGUUUGGGCUCUGCUUCAUCCGCGUGCGCGCGCCGCUGGACCCCGAGCUGUGCCACCCUGCAGUGGAGGAUGCUGAGCUCAUGGGCAGCCCCCAGCUCUCCAGCCCUGCUUCCUUGUGCCGGAUUCCCUCUGCAGAAGCACGCCUGAGCUCACGGGAGGAGGAGCAGCUGAAGAGGAGCCUGCAGCAGCUGGAGCCCAGCGCUGCAUCCCAUGCCUGGAGCCCAGGACAUCUCAGCCGCCCGGCACGCAUGGUGCUGUCAGCAGCACAGAGCCGUGCUGUGAGACCUCCACCCCAAAUCAGUGCCAGCGACCCGGGGAGCAGCACAGAGCAGGGACAGCCUGCAGCACGGGGUGCAGCAUUGGAAGUCCCAACAGCCCCCAAGCGUGUCCACAGGCAGUCAGGCAGCAGGCAGAGAGCUCGCAGAGCUGUGGGCAGGUCCCAUCAGCCUCUCGCCAGGAAUCCUGGGCCAGGAAGGAGAGUGAGAACGCAGGGCCACAACACGAGCGGAGGGGAGAGCAGCGGUGUGGAGAAGGCUCUGUGCCCUAUUUGCUCAGGUUCCUUCAGCACAGCUCUGCUCCCCGCUCACGCCUCCCGCUGUGGUGAGGAAGAAUCUGACCCCGAGGUGGAGCUGCUUUCCUCUGCCAGCAGCCCGGUGCUGUGCCCCAUCUGUGGGCUCUGCUUCAGCUCAGCAGAGGUGGAGCAACACUGCAGCACCUGUGGGGAGUGAUGGAUCCCCCCCAAGCAAUGAAAUGCAGAGAGAGACUCAGCCCCACUGUGCUACGGGGCAGGGACUGGGCACACUGUGGUUUGUGGUGCUCAUUCAUUCUGCCCCACGUGGCACGAGCUCAUUACAGGCACAGGAGAGGAGGCAGCAGGGCCCAGGGGACUGAAGGAAGAAGCCACGUUGCUGCUGCUUCCAUAUGCACCACUCAGCAGUGUGAACUGGACAAGUAUGUGUGAGCAUCUGACUACAGGUGGGGUGAUCGCCUCCCUCCCAGAGACACAGCGUGGGGUGUAGGGAAUGGGGGGCUGAUGGCAGCCCUGUGUGCCAAGUUUUAGGGCAGGCAGCAGCUCCUGGAGGUGGGAGAGAAAUAAAACAAAGGAGAGAAAAGAGAACUGCUGUGGUUGCAGCAUUGUCUGGAGGGGAUGGGGUGAGCACAAGGGGGAGGAGGAGGGAGAGGAGGAAGAUGGGGCAAAGCAUGGCGCAAAGCCCACCGUAAUGAUCAAGCUGCUGCUGGCCCUAGUG